AUGCAAUCACAUAUUAGUCUAGAAACUGGUGAAAUCACAAUUAAUAAUGAAACAGAAUCUACUCAGUCUCUUCCUGUUGAUGAUUCUUUAAUAAUUGAUAUUGAAGACACCAAUAUUGACUUUUACCUUGAGGAAGAAUUUGAUAAAGAGCCUUUGCAGUUUGGUGUGGAAUUAGAGGAUAUAGAUAUAGAGGAUGGACUAACAAUAGAAAAUUUUUUUAAUAUUCAAAUGUAUGAACAAAAUCAAAAAGAAACAAUUGAAAGAAGUUCGAUUGAUUAUUCUCAACCACCUACUAGUACUACCGAAGAUUGGUCAAUAUAUUACUAA